AGCGACCGGAAAUAGCGCUAGCUUGUGUCGCCUGACAGUGUUAACCAGGUCAAUAUUAAUACCGGUUCAAUUCUUCUCCUCUUGCUACUUGCUCUUGUCACACUAUAAGCUGGGAGGAUAUAUUGUCUCGCGAACGUUAGCUGGCGGAUUGAAUGGAAGAAAGCGAGAUAAGGAGCCGAGCCGAUCCAGGCCAGUCCAUGCCAGGUCGACACACGAGAGACAGCAGCACCCAGACUGACAGCAGGCUCCAAGGUCAUGGCCCCAGGCUAUCAAAGGUAAACCUGUUUACAUUGUUGAGCUUGUGGAUGGAGCUGUUCCCACAGGAGCAACCUGAAGACGAUGGCCACAAUGAGAUCCGCGGGAUGGGUCUGGUGGUGGUGCGGGACAGUAAGGUGGUGGGACUCCACUGUUCAGGACCUGAGCUCCACGCAGGACAGGCAGCCAUCAUCCAGCAUGGCGCCGGCCUGGCCGACUGUCAGCUGUACUUCUCCAGGAGACCCUGCGCCACCUGCCUGAAGAUGAUCAUCAACGCUGGAGUCAGUCAGAUCUCCUUCUGGCCCGGAGACCCUGAGGUCAGCAUGCUGAGGUCCGCCUCUGCAAACCAUUCAAACUCCCACUCCCACAGUCCACCGGACGGCAUCACGGAGGACGCGGCGCUGGACGCCGUGGCUACAGAGAAGCUGAAAUCCAACAGCCGUCCCCACAUCUGCGUGCUGCUGCAGCCGCUGGCUCCCGGCCUGGCGCAGUUUGUUGACGAGACAUCCAGAGAGUGUGAUUUUAUGGAGAGGGUGACAGAUGAUGAACCAGGGCUGAACAAAGAGGAGCUCUUCAACAGAGAGCGAGUGAGACACCUGAAGGAUUUCUCCAGACACCUCCUAGUCAGGACGUCCCAGCUGCACAGAGAGAUUUUGACCCACAUGGGUCUGGAGAACUUCUGCGUGGAGCCGUACUUCUCCAACCUGAGGAACAACAUGAGGGAGCUGGUGGAGGUUCUGGCUGCGGUGGCCGCCGGCGUGCCGCAGCAACACUACGGCUUCUACAGGGAGCAGCAUUCGACCCCUGAGCCAUCACCAGCCACCACCAAGUCCUCACUGCCUCCACGUCACGAGGGACUAUCCCAAGAAGUGGCUCGCCAUUGCAUCAUCCAGGCCAGGCUGCUGGCUUAUAGAACAGAGGACCCCAAAGUGGGUGUGGGUGCUGUCAUCUGGGCCAAAGGACCUUCGGCUGGCAGUGAUGGAACCGGGUGUCUGUACCUGGUGGGUUGCGGGUACAAUGCCUACCCAGCAGGCUCCCAGUACGCAGAAUAUCCACAGAUGGACAACAAACAGGAGGACAGACAGAGACGCAAAUACAGAUACAUCAUUCACGCAGAGCAGAACGCCCUCACCUUCAGGACUCGACACAUCAAACCGGAUGAGCCCACCAUGCUGUUUGUCACUAAAUGUCCAUGUGACGAGUGCAUCCCUCUGAUCAGAGGAGCCGGCAUCACACACAUCUACACCACAGACCAGGACAGGGACAAGGACAAGGGAGACAUCUCCUACCUGAGGUUCAGCAGCCUGAAGAACAUCAGCAAGUUCAUCUGGCAGAGGAGUCCUUCAGGUUGCUCAGCAUCCUCUCCUCACCGAGCCAACGGUUGUGUGGGGAAGCACAGCAGGCAGGCUGAGCAGGAGAGCCACAGCACUAAGAAGCUGUGCACCAACAGAUCCCACGACUCGCCUACAGUCAGCUGAACAUCAGCUGCGGACUGAUGGACCUACACGUAAAUGGACAAACCAAAAACUACUGAAACAGCUUUCACGCCACAGAUUUGAUAUUUUACGGCUGCAUCAACUCAGCCACAACUGGGAGAAAUCUGAAGAUCAAAUCUGUGCUGCACACAGUUUUAGAUUAUUUAUUUGUUCCUUCCUGAAAACCUUGGAUUGGUUUUGUGAACCUGAUGUUAUAUAGUCAGGACAUAGACAUUAGCUUCCUUCCUGUGUCCCCUCUGACUGUUCAAUCUGAUGCUGCAUGUUUGUGGUUUACACCAUUCUGAGUGCUGAACAACAGUCGACUGCGACAGGUUUCACUUGGAGACACUGCAGAGCUGCGUUGAAUCGACCAGAGGCUGCUUUAAUUAGGACGUGUUGGUGGUGGGUGAUUGGUCGACAUGAAGGAGUGGGUUUGAGCAGCAGGUUGGAGAGACGAGACCAAGCUGGAAACCAUACAACAUGCUGACCUCAAAGGGAAACCACUAAGAAGGGAUGGAUGGAUGGAUGGAGGGAGGACGGAUGAAUGAUGGACAGAUAGAUGUAAGGAUGGAGGGAUGAAUGAUGGAUGGAUGGAUAGAUGGAUGUAAGGAUGGAUGGAUGGAUAGAUGUAAGGAUGGAGGGAUGAAUGAUGGAUGGACGGAUAGAUGUAAGGAUGGAGGGAUGAAUGAUGGAUGGACAGAUGUAAGGAUGGAGGGAUGAAUGAUGGAUGGACAGAUAGAUGGAUGGAUGAAUGAUGGAUGGACAGAUAGAUGGAUGGAUGAAUGAUGGAUGGACAGAUAGAUGUAAGGAUGGAGGGAUGAAUGAUGGAUGGAUGUAAGGAUGGAGGGAUGAAUGAUGGAUGGAUGGAUAGAUGUAAGGAUGGAGGGAUGAAUGAUGGAUGGACAGAUAGAUGUAAGGAUGGAUGGAUGAAUGAUGGAUGGAUGGAUAGAUGUAAGGAUGGAUGUAUGAAUGAUGGAUGGACGGAUAGAUGGAUGAAUGUAGGGAUAGACAGAUGAAUGAUGAAUGGACAGAUAGAUCUAAGGAUGGAUGGAUGGAUGAAUGACUGAUGCACAGAUGGAUGUAAGGAUGGACAGAUGUAAGGAUGAAUGGAUGAUGCACAGAUGGAUGGACAGAGGGAUGUCGUAUGCUGUAAAGUCUCUGAGGCAAACUGUGAUUUGUGAUAUUGGGCUUAAUAAAUAAAAUUGAACUGAACUAAUGGGCGGAUGAAUGGAUGGACAGACAUGGAUGGAAGAAUGGGAUGAAUGGAUGUAACACACGUGGAUGUUAGAUGAAAGGAUCCAGGGCGGGAAUAAAGAUUACCCCCCCACCCCCCAUCUAUUUAUUUGAAGUGGUGUAAUGGUAGGAUAUAAACCUGGAUAACUCAUGGGUGGAGGUGCUGUUCUACAGCACGGUGACUUGAAGGUUUACAAUCAUGUGUCAUUAUGUCUUUUUAAUUUAAAGGCCGUUGCUGUGAAGAUAUUUUACUGAAGAUUAUAUUAUUGUUAUAUUACAAAUUAAAUCACACAGAUAUGAAUAAAUAAUGCAGCUUCCAGAAAAGGAACUUGAUUAAUGAGCUUUACACUGGUGUCAUUAUUUUCAUUUAUUAAUCCAUGAUCUGUUUGCAUAAGAUCAGCAUAUACAGUGGUGGAAAAAAGUUGUCGGACACCCCAUGCAUUUGUGAAAUAUUGCAUUAAGAAUCUCUCUUAGGUCUUAAAGUGCA